AUGGACCAUGGAUCGGUUCUUCAUAAAUAUAAUGAAGAAAAGAAGGAGCUGCAAAGUCAAAGUGACACUUAUCAACAAAAACUGGACGACCUAAAUAAAAAGGUAGAAUCGCUCAAGCGUGACAUCAAAGUAGUAGAGACCAAACAUUUGGAAGAGAUUGCUCACACGAAAGCAAUUGAACAAUCAAAGAAAUCAGUCGAGUCAGAAUUGCACGAUUUAACUCAACGACUUUUUGAAGAAGCCAAUGCAUUAAUUUUGACCGAAAAGCAAGAAAAAUUAAAACUGCGGGAGAGUUAUGAUGUUGCCAAGAUCAAACUUCAACAAACCGAGAAUGAGCUCAAUGACGUACAAGGCGAACUGUAUGAUUUACGUGAAGCGAUGAGUAAGAAAAAAGAACAAGAUGAUUGUGUCGAACAAUUAUCAACACACGAAAACUAUCUCUUAAGAGCUCAGUUAGAUAUGUCCGCUUUGAUGAAUCAUCCACAGCCUGUAAAAAUCCACGCUUUUCAGGACAGCGAUGCAGACUAUUCAAUCGAUCAUAUGCUUCUGAAAGAGUUUGAACAGUUUGUGCACACACUACAGUCGCAAUCAUCACUCGCAAAACUGCAUAGUUAUCCCUUCAUGAAGUAUAUAUUGAAACAAGAUAUUGAACCUUGCCUAAAGCCUGUUGUAACAAGCCAUUACUCUCAUCAUUAUCAUCACAACCCUACAACAUCCAUAAAAAAAUUACUGGAGGCUAUGUUGGCAAAGACAUGCUUCUUGGAGUUUUGUACACCUGAUUAUAUGCAACAGGAGAUUGCAAAACGAAGAAAAGAGAAUCAAACAGUUAUCUUGGAUACGAAGGAAAUAGAACACGAACAAAAAGAGCAGCCACAAGACGGCGGCAUGAACAAUAAUAGGCCGCUAAACGAAGACAUGUGGAAGUUCCGAACAUCUUAUUUCGAUAAAUGGUCAUUGAUUGACAGACAUUGUUAUAGCCGAAUUGCUUCUGUCAAUGAGCUGUACAUGUGGAUCAGAAAAUUGCAAGUAGGUGUUUACAACCAUAUGAAAAUAACUGAGAUAUAUCAAGAGUAUACGAGGCUACAGUUACAGAUGCUGAUUAGCAGGUACAGAACAGAGCCAUUUCUAAACGUAUUUGAAUUGGAUGCCUUUGUUUAUUAA